UGGACUGGGAAAGAUGGGUUUUUGAGGGUCCACUAACCAGUCCCACACUGCAACACGUUUACCAUGCUGAGCUCUAUUUUGAAAUUUUACACCGGAAGCCAGUGUCUACAUUCAGCUUGGUUUGACAGAAAUCUGAAGCGCAGAGCAUCAACAGAGGAGCAUCCAGCUUCUGUCAGUCCGGCACACUUCAGCCCGCUUGGGAGUGAACGGGAGAGAGAUUUAUUCCAGAAAAGUGAUUUAUAGACAUCAAGAGAGAAAGAAACAAAAGACAAGAGCGAACCUGGACUGUAGUCUAAGAGGACAAAGGCCAAUUUAAGAAGUUUUUUCUUCCUUCUUUCUUUCUUUCUUUUUCUUGCUGUCCUCCGGACGGUGCUGGCUCUGCUCUCUGGACUGUACCUACGGUGAUGGGCCGGGCCAGGAGAUGAGCAGCGGGCGGUGUGGGGGUGCCAGGGGCGCAAGAGGAGGUCUGGACGCUCAGGCCACACGGUGAGACAGGGCUGCCUCAUGUGUUGGGCCUCCUCUGAGCUCUGGUCCCCACCGAUCCCCAUCCUCCCAGCAUCAGUGGGAUGUCCCAGGUGUGUCUCCUCUUGGCCUUGCUCAUGCUCUGCAGCUGCACCAAGGUCUCCUCUACUAACUCCCUAGAGCUUGUGAAGGAGCAGUGGAGCAACUACAAGAACCAGUGCCUGGACUACCUCAACGCCACGCCCCCCACCACAGGGCUGGUGUGUAACAGGACCUUUGAUCUGUACGCCUGCUGGCCUGAUGGACUCCCAGGAACCACUGUCAACGUCUCCUGCCCAUGGUUCCUGCCGUGGUACCGGAAAGUUCAGCAGGGUCUGGUCUACAGAGUCUGCAAAGAAGAUGGUCAGUGGGCACAAAAGAACACCAGCGAAUGUGAGGACGACCCUGGUGAGCAGCAGUAUGGACGCAUCCUCAGUCAGUUACGGAUCAUGUACACAGUGGGCUACUCGCUCUCCCUGGGAGCUCUGCUACUGGCACUGGGAAUCCUCAUCACCUUCAGGAAGCUCCACUGCAUGAGGAACAACAUCCACAUGAACCUGUUUGCCUCCUUCAUCCUGAGAGCUGUGUCCAUCCUGGUAAAAGACGCCCUGCUGACCCUCACACUGGACCCCAGGAGCAGCAGCGACACGCAGACACAAGCCUGGGUCAACAUGCCGGCUGUGACGUGGUGUCGUGGUGCCAUGGUGAUGAUGCAGUACAGCGUGAUGGCCAACAAUUAUUGGCUGCUGGUGGAGGGCAUCUACCUGCACAGCCUGCUAGUCAUCACAGUGUUCAGCGAGAAGAAGUACUUCUACAUUUACCUGGCCAUCGGCUGGGGUGCGCCGCUCAUAUUCGUGUUGCCGUGGAUCACUGUGAAGUAUCUGUAUGAGAACGAGGAGUGCUGGGAGAGGAAUAUUAACAUGGGAUAUUGGUGGAUCAUUCGUUGUCCUAUACUGUUUGCUUAUCUGAUUAACUUCUUCAUAUUCAUCCGAAUUAUCAAAAUCCUGAUGUCUAAACUCAGAGCUCAUCAGAUGAGAUACACCGACUACAAGUUCAGAAAACAGUCAGCCAAUCAGAAGAGAAGAGGCCCUGGUUUUAGACUGGCAAAGUCCACUCUGACUCUCAUCCCUCUGCUGGGGAUUCACGCCAUCCUCUUCACCUUUGUCAUCGACGAGUCGGUCCCCAAAGGCUCCAUGCUGCGCCUCAUUCGCCUCUUCUGUGACCUCCUGUUUAAUUCCUUUCAGGGCCUGCUGGUUGCCAUCCUCUACUGCUUCGUCAACAAAGAGGUGCAGUCAGAGAUGCUGAAAAAGUGGAAGAGGUGGAAGCUGGGAAAGGACAUUGACGAGGAGUACCGCCACAGCCACACGCCGCACAUCAAGAGCGGCAGCAUCGCCACCGGCAAUCUGCCCGACCUCCACGACAACAACGCCAGCGACCCCAGCGGUGACUCGCCCCGCCUCAGCAAAGCUGACGGAGGCCCGUCCUGCUCCGCCGCACCGGAGGAGAACCGCCGACUGGUCGUCUCCUACAGCAACGGGAUGGGGAAGGGCAGGCCUGCCAAGAGUAGACACACCCUCCAGUUCUCUUUUCUGCCACACCGAGGCCCCGCCAGCCAUGCCAGCACCACCACAGAGGACGUGUGUCUGGAAGAGAGGGCGCAGUGCCGCGUAUACCCUCUGAAGGGAGAGGAGACUAAUGUCUGAGGGCAAACCUGCUCUGAGCUCUCACCUCAUCGUGAAAACUCUCACUGAUUGUGCUUAUUGUUGUUUCAGAGCAGUGUUUAUGGACGGCCUGAGUGUGAAUGAGGAGAAUGAGGAAGUGAGCCACACAGAGCAGGAUGUUCAUACCUGCAUGACAUUGCAGGUGGUGAUGUUUUAACCUGCUCAGCUGCAAAUGAAUAUUUAUUGGUUUUGGGACCUUGAGCAAAAAAAAGCACCUAUUGACUUCAGACAUCAGGAAUGAUUAAACUCUAGUGGCGUGUCAGUGUGAAUGUGUGUAUGAAGUCAUUUCGACCCUUUGCCAUCACACCCCGCCCACCUCUGCGCUGCUGACUGUGGCCGUUGUGAAUCAUGCUUGUGUUGUGUGUCUGUUGUACUCUCCUACAAAAACCUCUCAGUGUCAGUGUUUUUUUUGUUGUUUAUGGUUUUAUGAACCUGAAUGUGGACUACAGCAUGCAUGGACGUGGUUAUUGUAUGACUCCUGCCACACGGUGUUUGUCAUGCUCAGGCAGUCUCACAGAGGAUGGAUGCUUUCAUCUUCAAGACUGUGCUAUGAUGUUUAAGUUAUUCUGGUUUUAAACGACCAAAGCCAAACAAAGAAAAAUAAUAAUAUACCUUUGCGGGUUUUAUAUGAUUUGGGUAAAGCAUUAAAUCCAUUCUUUGAUGCACAUUACUUUCUUCUUUUGUUUUCUGUCUGAAUGCAUAUGAGCAAUGGAGAUAAAUGGGUGAAACAAUGUCUAAGUGUAUAUAUUGUAUGUAAUUAGAAAUACACACAAUGUCCAGAGCACCUAAAUUUAACCUGUGAUGAGGCUUCAUUUAAAAUCUUGAUUUGCUUUCAUACAGACAAAAUUCAUACAUGACACACAGGCAGUGAAAUGAGUGGAAAUAAGUUUGGCAAAUUUGACUUUUACUAUUAUUAUAGUAUUAUUAUAGUACCUAUAAUAAUACUCCUCAAUCUGCAGCUGCAUGGGCAAUGACUGGAGCAACAGGAUGAUGGUACGGUGGCCUUGAGAGCUCAACACACUGCAACUUAUUAAAAACACAUGCCAAGACACAUACGCACUGCAAAUUCAGAAAACAUCUUCAUCAAUUUGACAACACAUGCGCUGCUAAUACACACAACCCAACGAAGUGUUUCCAGGGGGGACACUAAAAAGUGAUGGACCUGGCAGGGACUAGUUCAAUGCCCAACAGUGACUUUUGAAGUUAAAAGAAUUGAAUCAAGUGCGCAGCGCGUGUGUUUUCAAAUUAAUGAAGACGUUUUCUGAAUUUGCAGCACAUUUGUUUCUUUGCAUGUGUUUUUAAUAAGUUGCAGUGUGUUGAGCUCUCAGGGCCACCGUACCAUCAUCCUGUUGCUCCAGUCAUUGUCCAUACAGCUGCACAUUUACCCAGUUAUAGGCUACAGUGUUGUUUGGAAAGAAUGGAGACAGACUCAGAAAAUUACAUGUACAGAUGAGAGAAGUCUUUUUAUAUGGCAGAAAGCUUUUUAAAGUAAAGGUGUUGCAUUUCAUAACACAAUGUGUGAAUAUUUUUUGUUGAGAAGAUCACCACAUUACCAAUGGAAGAACAAAUUUAUUUUAUUUUCUCCCUCUACUGAUUAAAUCGUGGCUCGUAUGUCAUGACACAGAGAGAAAAAUGUGCCUCACACAACCGCUUUUAUUACUAUGACUUACUAUGGAAAUGACAAAUGUUUAAAAAUCCAUUUUCAUUUAAGAAACAGACUGGAUUCAGCUGUCAAUAGAUUUCAGUCACAAAGGAGCCGACAAGGAUUUUCACAAAGAGAUUCCUAAUAAAAGACGGACUACACUUCAGUUGGAAGUGUAGGAGAGUGCAUUGUAUAAUGUAAAUAAUAAAAGUGAAUAUUAUAGAGACAAAGAGGGGAAGGGUGGAGGGAUGUGUUGUUUGUGUGUUUUUGCUUGAAGUCCAGGUGACUCAAAAAUGAAAAUGACUAAUUAUCUUGAGAAAAGACUCUAUUUUGCAGAACAUGAUUGUACCUGUCCUUUUAUUUAAAAUGUUGCAGUUGUCAGGAGGGGUCCGAAGCAAACAAUGUCAUGAGUGAAAGCAAAAGGUUUUAUAUAAAAAGCCAAAUUGUUGUGUCUCAUAUGUCUCUGUAGAUCCAAUUAAAGUGAAUUCUGUCAGCCAAAAAAGAAAUUGUCAGUAUAUAUGUUUCAGUAUGAGAUUCAUUCUUUUGCAGCUAUGCAAUGAGUCUAAUGAGCAGGAGCAGAACCUGCAUUUGCCAAAUUUGUGAUGUAAAAGUUUAAAAAAUGUUGUACCUAACUGACAUCUGGUGGCGGCUUUCACUGCACAAAUGAUCCUCUCAUCGACUUGUAAAGUGUGUUUCAACAUGAGCCGAAAAAUGAGACAAAUAAAUCAAAUAAAUGAAAGUGUGUGCGCACAUGCGUGCA